UUGCUGUUGGGGCCGCUGGGAAACAUUUUAUACGCAGCCCAAAAGUGAUGUUUUCUGAAACGUCACUUCACUCUGGGUGUCACAUCGACUUCCGUUUAUGGCGUAAGAAUUGAAAGGCGUGAUCGAAGUGGCUCCCAAAGUGAAGUGGUUUUUCUAUAUUAAUUGCAGAAGAGAAGAACUCAAAUUAAGUGACAAUCGAGAGAAGAAGUGCUAAAGUAAAGAAUUGAGAAGAAAAAUAAGUGUAAAGUGAAAGAAGAAGAAAUAAAUUGGUGACGGGAAAUUUGCCUUUGAUUUCCACGUGCUGCAUCAUCAUUUUCCAUCCCACACACCCAACGUUGACGACUCUUUGCAUUGCUUCCGGACUCUUCUGGCCACGAAGGACAAGAAUUUUUGUCCUUCGACCGGCACUGGCCCGAUUACUAAUCGUUCUUUAUCUUUCAAGGUGUGUGAGGACACGUGUUCUGGGCAUAUUCACCUGGAUUGGCUAGGAAUCUGAUUCUAACUUGUAUUUCUGCGUAUACUUAAAGGUCAGUAGCUGAGCUUACGCAAUCGCGCGUACAUUUUUGUCCUUCGACCGGCACUGGCCCGAUUACUAAUCGUUCUUUAUCUUUCAAGGUGUGUGGGCGGCUGCAUUAGGAGCUUACUGACCUGGCUUUCUUACUAAUCUAUUUCUGCGUGUAUUUAAAGGUGUGUGAGGACACGUGUUCUGGGCAUAUUCACCUGGAUUGGCUAGGAAUCUGAUUCUAACUUGUAUUUCUGCGUAUACUUAAAGGUCAGUAGCUGAGCUUACGCAAUCGCGCGUACAUUUGGUCCAUCGAUCCUCUUGCUUGGAUCAGCGCAGCUUCAAGAGCGUCUAGAACUUCUGCUUCAUCCCAGUGCAUCGGUAGAGAGGGCUCCAUUAUGUCUCUGGAAAUCCGGGGAGCAAUUUUAGCCAGAAUUGCCGCAGUGGAACGUUUCGUAGAUGACAUCACUGACGUUGAUAAACAGCUGGCUGGCUAUUCUGCAAAUUUAGCCAAUCAGUUGGACAUCGUAUUGGCAUUGAGACAGCAAUAUCUCAACGUUCAGGAAGAAAUCAUCGUCAGCAAGGAACUUGAGCUUCACAAGGCCACUGAAAUUGUCAAUCUCGAAGACUUCACUCAACGCUGCGACUUGCUUGUGGCCAAACUCAAAAAACUCCUCGCUGAUGCUCCCGGAUCUCCUACAGAUGGGAAGCCAAUCCCCACGGCUUCCGGGGAGUUGACGCAACAAUUUCUCGCCUUCAUGCAACAAUCAGAAAAGCGUUAUCACGCGGCGGAAGUGCAGAAUCGGGAGAGUAUGCAAAUGCUUAUCAAUACUCUGAAGGAACUCCCGUUGGGUGCCCCUAGCGGCUCUGCACUCCCCGUGAUAACAGUCAAGCUCCCUCAACUGCAAUUACCUACCUUUGAUGGAACGUAUGGCUCAUGGCAUACGUUCAAGGAUAGAUCACUGCUUCAGUGAUAAAUUAUCCGCACAUUUCCGACGUCCAGAAGCUUGAAUAUCUCAAGUCAGCUGUUUCCGGUGAUGCUGCAUCUUGCAUCAAACACAUAAACACCACCGGAGUCAAUUUCAUUGUCGCCUGGAGAAUUCUGUUGGACAAAUUUGAGAGGAAGAAUGACAUCGUAGCGGAACACAUUAAAACAUUCUUCGCUAUGCCUCAGAUGUCCUCAAGCCCACAAGCCAUUCACGACAUUACCAACAUCGCAACAGAGUGCACAAUGGCUUUGGAUGCAUUGCGUGUGGUUCAACGCGACCCAUGGCUGAUUCAGUUCAUCCUUGAGCGCCUCGAUACUGAAUCUCGCGUGCUAUGGGGUCGUGAAUGCGGAUCAGAGGUUCCCUCUUUGGGAAUGUUCAUCAAGUUUCUCAAUCAACGGUGUCUGGACGUCAGGAAUUCAUCUCAAGCUUCAACCAAACCACCUUCCGGGGGAGACCAGAAUGCUCGUUCACAUUCGAGUAAAUCACAGCCUAACAAACAUCAUGCUUCAGCCUUCAUCAAUUCUGCUAGUUCCGAUUUAUGUCGGUGCUGUAAGGAGUCCUCUCAUCCGCUCGACAAGUGCCCCAUCUUUCUGCGUCAAUCCCCGGACGAGCGGUUUGAGACGGUCAAGCGUUUGAGUCUGUGCAGGAACUGCUUCGCGACACACAUGACUCACUCUUGCACCUACAACAGAUGUCGCAAGUGCCAGGGGCGGCACAAUGUCUUGCUUCAUGAAAAAUACAGUUCUACCACUGGAGAUCCAAGCACCUCCAGUCCAUCUGCAUCAACGGUAGACAAUGCUUCAGACGCUCAAAGCUCCACUAGCUCCACAGGGUCUUCUGCCACUGUUGCUGUCUGUUCUGCAUCGGGAAUCCACCACUCUGAUUCACCUCCAAGAGUCUUUCUUGCGACGGCUUUGGUGGAUCUCCAAACAGCAGCUGGCAAGACGAUCCCAUGCCGCAUACUACUGGACAGUGGUGCUCAAAUUAACGUCAUUGCUUCAGAUCUAGCGAAUCUUUCGAAUCUACCGAGACAUCCAACAUGCAUCUCCGUCGAUGGCCUUGGCGCCACGACCUCUCGCGCUAGAUUCUUUGUGAACGCGACCGUAGUUUCCAAGACUACCGGCAUCCGCAUCGCAUUGAAAUGCUACAUCUUGCCUCAAAUCCCAGGCACGUUUCCCAAUUGGCCUGUGGAUUCCUCCAAAAUGCGCAUCCCUCAAAGUAUUCCCCUGGCGGAUCCGGAUUGGGCGGUGCAACGCCCUGUGGACAUUCUCAUCUCUGGCAAGCAUUUCUGGGAUUGCUUCCUUAGCGAUUCCAUCUCACUGGGCUCAGGACGUCCCAUGUUGAAAGCUUCAGUGUUUGGCCAUGUGGUUGUGGGAGAAGAUGAGGUUAUGUCUGCCUCAGAUUGCUUAACGUUCAUUGCCACAACUCCGGAAUCUUCUUUGCAUCAAGUCAGGGCAGUUGAGGAUGUGCCUGUGAAGCUUUUACAAUUGGAGAAUCAAUUUGCAUCACCAUCUCAUUCAGCUUCGGCUCAUCAGUGCAUUGUGGGUGAAAAUCUUCUGCCUCUGCUUCUCUUUCAUCACCCUCUAUGCAUUCUUGGUGAGUCGCGCGGGUUUGUCAUCCGACAAUUCCACGCAUUGGAACACAAGUUUCACAACAUUGCCUUGCAAAUGCCUCACUGCAAGGCUCUUGAUGAUCUACAGUGUGUUCAGUGGUUGAAGCCCCUUUGUGACGACUCCAAUAGGAGUCCUAUUCAAUGCGUGCAUCAUCACAGAGCGCUCAUCCAUCUGACUCGAAUCAUGCUUCAAAAAUCUCUUCAAGAAGACUGCAUUCAGCCUCAGCCUGAGUCGUCGGGGUCAACUUGGUUGACUCAUUUAUCUUUGCCCAAUAUACAGUCCACUACCGCUCACUGUUGCAGAAUUCUGACACAAAGGAAGUACCAAGUUCAGAACAUCAUGCCAGUGUCAGAAUUCAGGAACACUUCACAUUGCAUCUCGCGUGUGCAUCAGCCGAGAAUCCUCGAGAGAGCUGCAGAGAACAUUGCGCAGCCGGGGAGCAUUCAGCCGCGCAAUUGGAAGUGGCUGAAUACUCUGCCAUUUCCCCUCGAUCCCCGGACAUUGAGUUAUCAGGAAGGUCACAUGCUACACCAAGAUAAUCAUCCCAUCGUCUUGCCAAAGCUCAAUCGCCUGAAGUUCAUCAUUUGGCAAGAAUACUUCCGGCAACUCCAACCAAUCCAUUGCUGGCGAAAGGAGAAUCUUCCGCAGAACAUAGACAUUCCUCAGCUUGCGGAAGAGAAAUCUCUGUGCUCCUAUCGGUCGGAAGACCGAAUGGACCACACCGGGGAGAAUGUUGGGGCCGCUGGGAAACAUUUUAUACGCAGCCCAAAAGUGAUGUUUUCUGAAACGUCACUUCACUCUGGGUGUCACAUCGACUUCCGUUUAUGGCGUAAGAAUUGAAAGGCGUGAUCGAAGUGGCUCCCAAAGUGAAGUGGUUUUUCUAUAUUAAUUGCAGAAGAGAAGAACUCAAAUUAAGUGACAAUCGAGAGAAGAAGUGCUAAAGUAAAGAAUUGAGAAGAAAAAUAAGUGUAAAGUGAAAGAAGAAGAAAUAAAUUGGUGACGGGAAAUUUGCCUUUGAUUUCCACGUGCUGCAUCAUCAUUUUCCAUCCCACACACCCAACGUUGACGACUCUUUGCAUUGCUUCCGGACUCUUCUGGCCACGAAGGACAAGAAUUUUUGUCCUUCGACCGGCACUGGCCCGAUUACUAAUCGUUCUUUAUCUUUCAAGGUGUGUGGGCGGCUGCAUUAGGAGCUUACUGACCUGGCUUUCUUACUAAUCUAUUUCUGCGUGUAUUUAAAGGUGUGUGAGGACACGUGUUCUGGGCAUAUUCACCUGGAUUGGCUAGGAAUCUGAUUCUAACUUGUAUUUCUGCGUAUACUUAAAGGUCAGUAGCUGAGCUUACGCAAUCGCGCGUACAAUUG